AUGAAUAACUCCGAACAACCUAUUCAAAACAAUUCUGCUCAAGAACCAACACCGUUUCAACGCAUGUUUAUGCAACCAAACCCAUCACCACCACUACCUCAACAACCCAUGCAAAACCCUAAUUCAGAACCAACACCGUUUCAGAGCAUGUUUAUCCCACAACCAUCGCCACCACCUCAACCAUCAACCUCCUUUAUCCCUCUUCAGCCAUCAAAUCCUCCACCUGCUCAACCUCCUCGUCCUCGUGCUCGUGUUCGUCGUGGCCUACUUAAUGGAAAAAGCGAAAUCAUCCCUGUGUUUUUCACAUGGGCUACUAAUCGCAGAGCAACCGUUCACACUUUCAAUUAUCUUUUACAAAAUCAAAUUUUUAAUAUCAUUGGAGAGGUUGAGUGCAAAAGAUGUCAACAAACGUUACAAAUUUCCUUUGAUAUCAGAGAAAAGUUUCCUGAAAUCAGACAUUUUAUUGUCGAAAACAUGCACGACAUGAAUGAUAGAGGAACAAUUUGGAUGCAUCCAACAUUGCCUAGAUGUGAGCAUUGUAAUCAAGAGACGAAGCCGGUAAUAGCCGAGAAAAAGAGAAGAAUCAAUUGGUUGUUUUUGUUUUUGGGACAAAUGCUUGGUUGUUGCACGCUUGCACAGUUGAGAUAUUUCUGCAAACACACCAAAAAUCAUCGAACAGGUGCAAAGGAUAGAGUUCUUUAUUUAACUUAUCUUCAACUAUGUAAACAGUUGGAUCCUAAUGGACCCUUUAAUGUUUAG